AUGUUUAAAGAUUUUCAAGGUUAUUCAACUCCUCAGGUUCGAGCUUAUUCCACAAUUGAAGAAUUUAUGAAUCGGCAGCGUAGGGCAUCAUUGAAUGCUUGCAUUCCAUUGAAUGAAUUUAUGAGUCCUCAUAGUAUGGAUGAAUCCCCACUUCUCCAGAUAACAAAUCAUCUUGCUAUAAGAAGAUUCUCAAUUGAAUUUCUUCCAGACUCAAACGAUAACUUUCCGUCGCAACUUCAUAAAAAGCUCUUUCCUGACCAUUCUCCAAAGCAAUAUAUUAUUAAUAUAGUUCCAAGCGAUAUCAUGGAAGAGGCUGGAAGACUAGGAUGGGACCCUUUAUGAGGCGACGUCGUUAAUAACGAUUUUCCAACCUCUUCGAAUGAUCCUGAAUACAAUAGUUUGGUUAAAAACAACUUUGAAAAUAAUAAUGACAUUCCCAAAGGUGCAGUUAUUAGGACUAAAUAUAGAAAAAAGCUUCCUGGAUCUUCUAAUAAUGAAGAAUUCGCCAACUAA